AUGGCUCCCGAACGUACUCGCGCAGAAGAUCUGGCAGGAUACCUGCCUGCACCGCCUGCAGCAGCAAUUGCCACUGCAAGUGCUGACGCGCCUCUGGAACGUUUUUCUGCACGACAAGAAAGAGCAGCAAGUUUGCAUGCGGAGCUCCAGUCCAUCGAGAAGGAUUUAAAGGACUGGUGGAUGCAACGCAGAAUUUUGCGAGAGAGAAAUCUCGGCCUUUACGAAUUGUUGCAUCGACACAAUUUUGUGGGUCUAUCUAUAAAUCAGCCUCGUCUCCCCGAUACUCAAAGAGUUCUCUGGCAAGACCUUGUUUACGGAAAACCAGACAUGGAAGAUUCUCUUUCUUUUGAUGCCAGGGAAAUGAAGGUGGAUAUGUACACCAAAAUAUUUACGCAGGCCGCUGAUUUGGAGAAUGUCUGUCGGAUCCCGGGCGUGGCGUACCUGCGGUGUCUACGAAAUAAUAUCGAAGCGUCACAGUCGAGUCGCGGCUCCGCAUGCGUCAAUGCCUUCAGUAGCUUCGACGCCUGCAGAAAGGGACUCCUCCAGCAACAGGCUACCGCUAUCGGAAACAGAAUGGUGAUGCAGAACAUGCAAGACCUUCGCGCCAAGGCUCUCUUCGAACGCCGCUCGGUCUUGCUUGACCUCCUGGAAGGAAAAUAA